AUGAUUAGUAAUUUAAAUAUUAUUGAAUUAUCACCUGAAACAUUGAAAAAAGCUUAUACAGAAUUGAAUGAACAUCCAGAAUUACGUGAAAAAGCAAUUGGAGAGUUAAGACAUCAAAUUCAAUUACAAAAUUUACAAGGAUGCCUUGCUGAUGGAUUUCUGCUUCGAUUUCUUCGCGCUAAAAAAUUUAAUCGUGAUAAUGCUUUAAGAUUGUAUAUAAACUAUUAUAUACUAAGAUUGCGUUAUCCAGAGAUAUUCAAUGAUUUAACACCAUCAUCUGUUGAGCAUAUUUUUCGUAAAGGUGUUGUCUGUCGAUUACCUCAACCUGAUGCUGAAGAUAGAGUACUGAUCUACUUUAAACCAGGUCUUUGGAAUCCAGCCGAAUGUUCAUCAAAUGAUAUAUUUCGUGCAAAUUUACUUGUUAUUGAAGAAUUGUUACUGCGUUGGCCAGCUGUUCAAGUACAUGGUGUUAUACUUCUAAUUGAUCUAUCUGGCUUCUCAUGGAGACAUGCUGUACAUUUAAUGUCACCAUGGUUUAUACAACGUUCUGUACAUUUUCUACAAGGUUCAAGCCCUAUACGCGUUAAAGCUGUACAUGUUUACAAUAGUCCAUAUAUGUUUUCUAAAGUUUAUUCAGCUAUGAAACCUCUAUUGAAACCGAAAAAUCAAGCACGUAUUAUCAUGCAUAAUAAUUCAUUGGAAAGUCUUCACACAGCUAUUCCUCCUCAUUUACUUCCGUGUAACAGUGAUUUGGGUGGUACAGGUCCUCCAGUUCCUUCAUGUGAGUAUAUUGAUGGCCUUUUAGAAUUAGAUAAUUAUUUUCGACAAAUGAAUAAAUAUCCAUUUCAUGUAAACAUAUCUUGA